AUGCCUCUGCACCGCCGUCCCACCUCCGGCUACCACGGCGUUCGUGCGCGGCCGAGCGGCUGCUUCGACGCGGAAAUCCGUUCCGGAGAGGAGCGGAUUCGCCUCGGCACGUUCGACACGGCGCACGAGGCGGCGCGGGCGUACGAUGUCGUCGCCUGGCGCCUCGGCCGCUCCCACCGGACCAUGAACUUUCAUGACGUCUGGAUGCGGGAGCAGGCGGAGCAGCUAGCGCCGCCGUCGGCGGCUAUCACACGCGAGCAGCAGCGCCGCCGUCGGGAGCUGGAACAACGGCUACUCAUCGCCGAGCGCGACGAGGCCUUCCGCCUCGAGUGGGCGCGGCAAUUUCCGGAAGAUGUCGCCGCCAUCGAAGCAUUCUACGCGCAGAAGGAGGAGGAGGAGAAGGCGAAGGCGAAGAAGAAGGCGAGCCGCGAGAACCGUGCGGAGUCCGCGGCGAGGAAGGCGGCGAGGGCAGAGAAGACGGCGAGGAAGGAGGAGGAGAAGAAAAACGGCGCAUUGUCGUCCACCAUCAUCCUCUCCUCCUCCUCGUCCUUCGAGUGGACUUCGACGCCGGUUUCGGAGACGACUCCGAGCUCGCACUCCUCGGAUUUCGACUGGGACUCGGAGCCGGAGUAG